UGCAGUCUGGUUGACGUUUCUUACGUAUUUGUAAAUAAAUUGUAAUUAUGCAUUUUUCGGAAUAAUAAUAAAAUAAUCUAUGGCUGAUGACGAAGAUGAAGGAGAAGGGGGGUUGUAUGAAGAGGGACACUGGAUUUGGGAUGAAAAUGCUAAUCAAAUUACAUUUGUAAGUGACCGUCCGGUUGUCGUAGACGAGGCUAUUCAAAUGCCGACCAAAAUGCCGACGGGAGCUAUAGAGUUCAGAGACGACGUGGAUUUAAUAGAACAGUUAAGAUAUCGGAGACGUUAUCAACGGAAACUGAAACCUGAACAGCCGGAUGUAGUUACAGUGCAAGAUUGCAAGGACCUUGCGCUGUACACGGCGCCGGUGACCAUCCUGAGCCCCGCCCUGAUAAACAUGCUGCAUAUACCGACUACUGAAAGAUUUAUCAAGGCAUUAAUUUUAUGUUGCCAAUAUUAUUUACAGGUGUCGGACGAGAUGGCGCACCGCAUGCUGGAUCUGGAGACGCGCGUGCGCACGCCCUACUGCGACGUGGUGGAACAAGAGUUCGGCACCAACCUCAACGAUUUGCGUGUGCUAGUCGCUAAGGAGUAUUGCACUAUGCUUAUAGGUGGCGCAGACACUAAGAAGUACCACCACAUGGGCCCGGCGAAGAAGCGGCGGUCGCUCUCCGACAAGGACGCGCGGCUUUUCGAGACGCUGCUGCGGAUGUGCGUGCAGAUCGUCUGGCUCGCUUUAGGACGCAGGGCGUUUAAUCAGAUAGAGCUGGAGGUGAAUCGAUUGUUCAAAUCGGAAAUCUUCAACACUAUAGAGCACACUCUAAAGACCAACUACGUCGAGAAAAUGACGAACGAGGAAAGGAACGUCCUCCUGGGCGAAUGCGUGCGAACUGACAAGAAGCUCACCACGAAAUCUCCCAUCAUGAACGAAGUGUUCUGUUACAGGGACAUUGACUAUCGUAUGAUGGGAAUUGGAGUUAUCAAAAUGCACCAAUUGCCGAUACGUCUCAGGUAUAUACAUAAUAUUGUGGCCGGGCCAGAGGAGAAUUACGCGGCGCUGGACGUCUCGCUCGGCAUCGUGGGGCUACCCCGCUCCGUCUUCGACACCAUGCUCAAACCGCUGCCUGUGGCGGAAGAUCCGAAAUCAAAGAAAUCUUUAGCGUCUAUGAGCAGUGCAAAAAGCUCCGGUAGCAUGAAGAAGAGCGGAACAGCGUGGACUCAACGAAAAUUGUAUGCCGACAUUAACUUGCCAUUAAAAUCAGAGCACGGCGACCCGAUGCCCUCCUCGUUCCCUAGCGAGCCCGAGGCGCCGAGGCCGUGCAACGACACGCAGCGCCGCCGCUGGCUCAACCGUCUCCAAAGGCUGCGGCGCGGGCAAAGGGCCUCCGCCGGAAAACGCGCCUAAAUACGUUAUA